UCAAACACAUCUCCAAAAUAGUCACCGCCCAAAAAGAAUCCCUUUUUCUUUUCUUGAGAGAGGGAGACAAGUUUGGUCUGGAUAAAGACAUUCAUUUCAAAAUUUUGUCUGCAAAAUCCUCACGGGGCAUUCGGAGAGAGGAGACAGAGGUGGCGCACAAGAAUCCUUCUUCCCACACAAGACUUGUAAGAACAAUCUCUCUCUCAAUCAUUAUCCUCUGUCUUUAGCCUAUAAGCAGUGGAAUGGGAAGAGAAGCUGUUGUUGAGGUGCUUAUGGACCGAAACGCCGACGUUUCAAGCGGCAGGGUUCACGUUGCUCCUAAGAUAGCUGCAGCUCCGGAGUCCGAGACUGAGGAAGAGAUCGAAGUCAAGGAAUGCACCAAAGAGGAUAUACUAAAAGUCGAAACUGCCGAGAUAAACUCGCCAAAAACCCCUAAAGUUUCAAAGCGUGAUGCUCCUCUUCUUGCUGCGAGGAAACCAUUGCAACCCGAGAACAAGAAGCAUGUAGAAGAAGACGAUGAUAAUUGCUCCAUUGCUUCUUCCAUGGCAUCUUCUUUGAGGAGAGCCAAGUCCGGAGUGACUCAUGGAAGCGCUCCAACAUUUAGGAGCGCUCAGCGUGCAGAGCAGCGCAAAGAGUAUUACCAAAAGCUUGAGGAGAAAAACCAAGCGCUUGAAGCCGAAAGGAACGAGCUUGAACAAAGGCAAAAGGAAGAACAAGAAGCAGCGUUGAAAAAACUUAGAAAAAAUCUCAAGUUCAAGGCUAAACCAGUCCCUAACUUCUACUACGAGGCGCCUCCUGCAAAACCUGAGCUCAAGAAGCUUCCUUUGACCCGUCCCAAGUCGCCAAAACUCAUCCUUUCUCGGAGAAAAAGCUGCAGCGACGCAGUCAGCUCGUCGUCGUCGUCCCGUGAAGAGGUUCCGAAGACAGGAUCUAACCGGAACCGACACAGCACCGGAACAGUUCAGAACAAGAACACCAAUGAUGUGCUGCACGAUGACAGCCCUCGUUGCAGAUCAGGCAAGGGUAAAAGUGGGCUUAAGCCAGUCAACGAGUCCUUGGAAGAAGCUUCUGAGGCUUGAAAUGAUGACAUGCCUUUGUGUUGUUGGUCUGUGUUUUUACUCUCUUAUCUAACUUUGAUCUCACCGGAGAAAAUUUAAAAUUCAAAAACAAAGACUCUUUGUUUGUUCGGUUAUAUCCGGUAUAUGUGGUUGGUUCACUAUGUAAACCGUCUUUCUCGGUUGUUUUUUUACUUGUAACGUGAAACUUUGAUGUUUGAUUGUUGAAGAAAACCUCCUAAUGUCGAAAAUUU